GCACCUAACCUGCGCUGGACAUCGACUCGUCCGUAUUCUCUAAACUCUGGGAAAAUGUAUAUUGAUUUUUCAAAGAAAAGUCAACCGAUGUAACAAAACACCGUUCGCGGAGUGUUUAUACGCGUUUAGAAGCGUCGCGGUCGAUGUGCUGUGUCGUCGAGAUGGUGCGACGGUGUAUCUCGGCGCGUUCCCAGUGAGAUCGGAGAGUGUUGCGUCGCGCGGCCGACGGCCCGACGGCCCGGAGCCCGGCCGCGGCCAGGGCCUGGGCGCGCCAUGGACGCCGGCGCUGCGGACCCGCUGCGAGCGGCCAGGCCGGAGGAGGGCUCAGAGAAGAAGGGCUCAGAGGGGCAGGACGAUGGCUACGAGACGAGCAACAGCGGCGAGGCGCGCCGCAAGCCCUCCAGCGCCGAGGGCUCCCCCGCGCCCGUCGCCCCCGCGCCCCCUCCCGCGCCGCACGACCCCUCCCCCGCCCCGCCCACCCCGCACAACCCCUCCCCCGAGCAGGAGCUCGAGCCGGAGCCCGAGCACGAGCCUGAGCCUUACGAGCUGAUGCAACGCCACUACCCUUACAGACAUUUCGAGCAGCCCCAACCGCAGCCCGACUACCCGUUCUUCCCGAAGUACUCCGACCCGUACGGGUUCAAGCGCGAGCCCGACGCGCCGUACGACAUGUCGCACCACGCGCACCACUACCAGCCCCAGCCGCACCCACACCAACACCCACACCAGCAACACCAUAAAAGAGACGAGGACAUGUAUAACGGUGUUAAACGUGAAUGUGACGACCCUUACUCGUUCGUGGAGGAGGACGCGAUGUGCGCGAUGCUGGGCGGCCCGCAGCACCACACGCUCGAGCCGCACCAGCACCACCAGCAGAUGCACCAGCACCCGCACGCGAUGCACCCGCAGCAUCCGCAGCACCACAUGCAGAUGCAUCCGCAGAUGAUGCUCAACCAGCCCAAGAAGAGAGGGCGGAAGAAGAAGAUUAAGGACGAGAAUGGGAUGGAGAUAAAGCUAGAGGGCCAAGAGGUCCGGCCGGUCAAGGAGCGGAAGAAGCACGACCGCUUCAACGGCAUGAGCGAGGAGGAGGUGGCGCGCCGAACGCUGCCCGACCACCUCGCCGAGAACCUCGACAUCAUCAUUAUCGGCAUCAACCCCGGGUUGUUCGCGGCGUACAAGGGGCACCACUACGCCGGCCCCGGCAACCACUUCUGGAAGUGUCUCUACCUCUCCGGGCUGACUCGGGAACAGAUGAGCGCCGACGAGGACUACAAGUUGCUGAACUUCGGCAUCGGGUUCACGAACAUGGUGGGGCGCGCGACCAAGGGCUCCGCCGACCUCACGCGGCGCGAGAUCAAGGAGGGCUCCGCGGCUCUGCUCGACAAGCUGCGCGCCUUCCGCCCCAAGGUGGCUGUGUUCAACGGCAAGCUGAUCUACGAGGUGUUCUCCGGCAAGAAGGACUUCUGCUUCGGCAAGCAGCCCGACACCAUCGCCGGCACCAACACGUACAUGUGGGUGAUGCCGUCGUCCUCGGCACGCUGCGCGCAACUCCCCCGAGCGGCCGACAAAGUGCCCUUCUACGCGGCGCUCAAGAAGUUCCGCGACUACCUCAACGGCCUCGUGCCGCACAUCGACGAGGCCGAGCUCAUCUUCCCCGACAACACCUCCCGCCGCCCGCAGGAGGAGAUGGAAAUACGCAGACUGACGAUGGAGCCCGAGCCCGGGGACACGAUCAUCCUGGAGGACGGCACCGAGGUGCCGCUGAAGAAGAAGCGCGGCCGCCCCAAGAAGAUCAAGCUGGAGAACGGCGAGGUGGCGCCGCCCACCCCCCGCCAGCCGCGCCAGCCGCGCCAGCCGCAGCCGCUCGACCCCAACGGCGACCAGCCGCCCAAGAAGAAGAGGGGCCGCCCCAAGAAGAUCAGGCCCGAGGAGCAACAGUUCCUGCUACAACAACAACAACAACAGCAGCAGCAACAACAGCAGCAACAGGUUAGUGAUGUUAUGUUCUCGGAGAAUGCCUGUCAAUACAGUCCCAGAGUGCAUGAUAUGUUAACGGAAUGUUUGCCCGGGCAGGCGCAGGGCGCCGGCAUGCUGCCGCCGCUGGCGGGCGCGCUGCACGACCAGUUCCCCGCCGCGCCGCCGCCCGCGCCGCAGAACCCCGACAUGGACAUGAUGGCGGAGUACCCGCCCUACUUCCAGCACGGGGGCAACAUGGAGUCCGGGAUGGAAGUGUCAGCGCCGCUCGGUCUGGCGCGCUACUCGUCGCCGGGCCCGGGCGGGGCGGGGCCGGGGUCCGGUACCGGUCCGGGCCCGGGCGGCGGCGGGUUCCCGGCGGCGUCGCCGCGCGGCGUGUACGCGUCGCCGCGCUCCGCCGGCUACUCGCCGGGGCCGCAGCGGCCGCAGGGCACGCCGCAGCCGCAGCAGUACCCGUCGUCGCCGGCGGCGUUCUCCGCGCCGUCGCCGCCCCGUAACAACCCGUACGGGUCGCCGGCGCGAGGCGGCGUGGUGGGUACGGGGUACCCGGGCCGCAGCCCGCUGUACGCCGCCAGCCCCGCGCCCUACAGCCACGCCGCCGGCUCGCCGCACCUGCGCCUCGAGGACGGCUACGACCACCGCCAGCCCGAGCCGCAGUCGCAGACCCCGCGACCGUACUCGCGCUCGCCCGCGCCGCUCGCCGCGGGCGCCGCCUUCCCCGCGGCCUCCCCCGCCGCGCACUCUUACACCCCCUCCCCCGCACACACCCCCUACAGCCAGCACUCCUCCCCCGCGCCGCGCACUCCCAACGCCGCGUACCCCUCGCACCCCUCCCCCGCGCCGCUGCCGCCCUUACCGCACCGUUCCACGGGCAGCGCCGGAUCGUUCGCCGGGGAGUUGUCCAGCGAUAUCGGCGCGGCGAUAUCUUCGCCGAACGCCUCACCGGGACUCACGUUGGACUUCGAGCCGCCUCACGCCGGGGAGAGUCGCGAACGGGAGCGAUCGCCGCUCGGAUCUACUGACAUGCAUCCGGGCAGCGGCAGUGAUGAGUCGCUACAGGAUUAUAAUAAGCAGGCGAACUCCGGCGUGAGCGAGAUGUCGCCGGGUGGCGUCGGCGUCAGCAACGUCGGCGGCGGCGGCGUGGCGUCGAGCUCGUUCGGCGCGGGGCUGUACGACGGCGCCGAGCGCCUCGCCUACCCCCACCACACGCCGCAUGCGCUUCACGACCCCACACAUAAAGACCAUUACCACUACCGUGACCAAGGAAGCAACUUGGGUGACAGUCCACGAUUAGACCACUUACAACAGCAUCCAUCCAUGUAUUCUAGCAAUUUUAAUAGAUCGACGCCGGAGGGCGGAGGUGAAGGGCCGUUCUCUCCGCACGCGCCCGCUUUCCGCCCACCAGAACACACGUCGCACUCGCGACCACCCGGAUCGCCGGGAGAGUUCGCGGGCGGCGCCAAGCCGAAGCCGCAGGACGUCGCGUCCAAAUCCCUCUCGGGGCUGGAGUCGCUCGUGGACCAGAUCCCGUCCAUCGCGGAGGGCCCGGCGGGGGGUGCGGGGGGUGCGGGCGGUGCCGGGGCGGGGGUGGGCGGCCCCGGCGCGGCGCCCACGCCCGAGCCGGCGGCGCCCGUGGCCGCGCUGCCGGAGUACGCGCCGGCGCUGUACCCGCCCUACGGCUACGGCUCGCCCGCCUACGCCAACAACGGGUACGGCGCGCCGUUCGUGGGGUACGGCGGCGGCUGGGGCGGGCAGCUGAUGCGGCCGACGCCGGGCUACCUGUCGGAGUGGCAGUAUGGCUACACCGGCGUGCCGGGCGUGCCCGGCGUGGCGUCCGUGGCGUCCGUGGCGUCGGUGGCGGGCAGCUACGCGCCCUACAACGCGCCCUACUACAAUGGAUACGCGCCGCCCCCGGCACAUCAUCAGCAGGCGCACUACCUGUCGCCGCCGUCGCUCAUGGAGCUGCACAAGAGCGGCGAGGCGGCCGCGGCCGUGCCCGCCGUGCCCUCCGUGCCCUCCGUCGGCUUCGGCGGCUUCUGCUAGCCGCCACCCGGCGCCAUCCGGCACCAAGCCGGCACGGACACGCAUCCGGCACGGAGAGACCGAGUUCUGACGGAGCGGAUAUCAUGUAGCAAAAAUUAAAUGUCAUUUGGGAGAGGAUUUUAUCGACGUUUUUAGCCAUGAUUUUGAUUGUGACUUGAAUAUUAAUUACUGAUUGUGCUGUAAUUAUUGACAUAUCUAUUUAAUAAUAAAACGACUCGAUACAGUGUCACUCGUCAUUUCAUUAGCUAAACAGACACACUGCCAAUGUGUUUCGAUCUGAUAUUACAAUUAACAGAAUUUUUGAAAAUAAUUUACAUGCUGGAACAGUUUUCAACAACGAAAAGCGUAUGAAUUAUCGUUUGUUCUGAUUGAAACUAAACACAAAACAGUUUGUGAUGUAUAAUUUAACAGUCGAUAAAAUAAAGUACUCUUCCUUAUGAGGUUUAAUUAUUGCGACUCCCGCGCUCCGUUCAUGGCCCUUAUUUGUAAAUAUUGUAUCUUUUGUCCAUCACAUUUUGUAUUAGGUAGAUUGUUUUCGGUCGUACGCCGGCGGGGCGGCGUUGCACUGUGAAGGGGAUAUUCGGAGUCUUGCCAGUGAAGUUUCGCGUUCUAGUCACUUACUAAUUCGUGUGGGCUAGUCAAAUUUGGAAAUAAUGUCACCGCCUCCCCGCGGGCAGCCGAGCUCGGCCUAUGAUGCGUAUACUUUUUUUUAGUUUAGUUCCCGCGUUUGCGGUAUUUAUAAAGCGAUUUUAGCAUUUUUAUAUACAACGGAAUAUAUUUUUAUUGUUGCCGCUUGUCGGCCAUUUUGUCGUCGCGGUCGGUGACCUCUCGUGUACACUUUUAUUAUAUGUAUUUUUGGCAUGCGAUGAUGUGCGAAUUCUAUACUGCCUUUUAAAAUUAUGUUUAAUGAAAAUUUUUUUUAUUUAUUUAAUUUAUUUAUAUAAUGUAUUACUCGCGACAGUUGCUCGAUUACAAGGUUAAAGUCUAGAGGUGACCGACCGGACAGAGAAGCUACCGUCCGCCGCCGCGCCGGACCGUGCGGCACCGUACCGCGCCGGACCGGACCGUACCGGAUCGUGUCGGGCGGCGGACUCGGGGCGUCACAACUCUUGUACAAAAUUCUUAACUUAGUGAAAUGAAGUCUUUUCUUUGCACAAACGAUUAAAGUCUUAAGUAUAAGGUAAAAACGAAAUAACAUACGUAAGAAAGACAUAUACGUUAAUGAUAGGUUACCGGGAGCCUUAAGAGGGCGCCGAGCGGCCGAGCGAAUGUUCGCGCCCGAACACGUCCGCGGGCGCUCGCGAGCCGCUCGCUCCGGCACGGUUGAAGCCGUGGCACUUGACAUGACAGUUUUUGUAUGAAAUUAGGGUAAAUAUUUACCUGUUAAAGAGCGCUAUUCUGUGAGACCCGCUGCGUUGGUCGACACAUGUGUACAUUGUGUGAUGUUUGUUGGUGUACGCGCCGCUGUCGAGUGUCUACAGAAUACCUACAGUUAGUAUUAAGGAGGGGCGAGCGCGACCGAACGCUCGCGACGCACACGUCAAAAGGGAAAUAUUGUUUUUUUACAUGAAAUCAACAGGGUAUUUAAGAUUGCUUAAGGUUUAUAAUUUUAUAUUUAUUAUUUGGUGCGCGCGUUAGUGUUAUCUGCCAUGUUGUUUGUUCUCGAAUAGUCGUGGUGUAUCGACGGAUACCAUUAUUUUUCAUUUAUUAAUAUUUACGCCAUAAACAUUUGAGUACAUUUUACCAAGGCCCCGUCGCCGUCGCCGCGGCCGCUGUAAGAGUUAAGUACAUAAUCGCGUUCUCAAUAUUUGAGGUCACAUAGUUAAGGAACUAGUCUAUAAGAGCGCUGACGGACGAGCGGCGGCGAGGCCUCUGUACAUAACGAGUGCUUUAUUACGCUUUUUUGAUAUUAUAUUUUUAAAUAUUAAUUUUGUAUUUGUAUACGUUUGCUUUUGUACAAUAACAAUUUAGUUGUAUUUCGUGUAUGCGGUCGCCGCGCACGUCGGCCAUUGCUCCCAAUCACAAACUGGCUUACGUUUUCGUUAUACCUAAACCUUUUUUUAUCAAACUAUGUAGUGCUUGACAAAAAAAAACUAGAUUGCUUCAUCAAAGACUAGUUAAACACCAGGACAGGCGAACUGCGUUUCAACUGCAAGAUGUACAAGAUUGUACCUGGCUAUGCAGUUCUGUGGCUGGCUAAAAGCUCCCAUAUUUUCAAUUAAAAUAGACAAGUUAAAACUAAUAACAAAAGUAUGUAGGUAGUAUUUCUUAAACAAAAGUUUGUAACGAGAACGUGAUCGGGUUUAACCGUGAAAUAAGGCCAGUUCGCAACCGGACAGUAUUAGCGCGGCCGGCACUGCAUCUCCUGCUGCCCGUGUGAUUGCACCUUUAUAUAAGAGUUGUCACUCAUGUCAGCUGGCAAGGCGUUUCGGUAUUACUGUCAAAUUGCAAUAUGUACUCAAUUUUGUGACUAGCUUCUUUAUACAUUUUUUCUUAGGUAUGUAUCACUAGCUAGAUAAAUUGAUUAGGAUUUAUUUGAAUGUGAAAGCUUUCUACUUAUAUUGCUGGCUCAAUAUUACACGGUUCUAUGUUAGGUAAAUUUUGAAGAUAGUUGAAAUUCGACUUAAUGUCACUAUGACAUACGGGAAAAAACAAGAUGCGACAUGCAGGUUCUGCCAGGAGUCAGAGGAGACUGCUAUGCACAUUCUCUGCUCCUGCGGACCACUAAUGUCCAAAAGAAGUACCUACCUAGGGCGACAUAUACUGGAACUUUAUGAGGUACAGAGCAUUACGGCCCAAAGAAUCUGGAAUUUCCUGGAUUCAUCGAGCAUUAGUAGUGAACUUUAAAGGGCCGUCACAAUAGAUCACAGCUUGGUCGAAGCGGCACUCAAAGGCCCACAACACCCCCCAAUAAUAAUAAUGACAAUGUUCAAAUUUCAGUUCGGUAAAAGUGAAACUUAGAACCCUGUAAUAUCGGGCCAGCGAUAUAGGUAUUUGUAUAAACUUAGUUUUCCCGUUCAUUGCUGUGCUUAAUUUAUCUAAAGUGAACUAGCCCAAUGUGGUUUCGUUUUUAACGUGUUUUGCAUGAGUGAUCAUUGCAAUAAUUUAAUUGACAGUAUUGCCGUUUUGCCAGAAGGCCUAUAGCGUUGCUGCCAUAUUUCUAGUUUGGUGUUAGAGCUUCGCCGAGAGACCCCUAUACGUUCACAUGUUUCAUUAAGUCGCAACUUGUCUUGUAAGAAAAUACAGAACCUUCUUGGAAAUGAAGUCGGUUAAAGAUCGUCGGAAUUUACUCUUUAAUAAAGCCAAAUCUGACGGGCAAAACAUUUUAUUUAGAUUAUACAUUUUAUGUUAAUUUACAAGUUUGUAUUAGAAAGGGUUGCUCUAUAAGGUGGUGUGUAGUCGUAGAGCGGGUCUCUGAUGUCGGCUUUUUAAAACCCUCGAAUAGUUUGCGAUUGUUGCUUUAGUAUUAUGUAUUCACAGAAUAGAAAAAAAACUUUAUAUUUUUCAUAUUUUCUUAAGGGGCUUGUCGAUGUGAAAAAAUAUUACAAACUUAUUGCAAAUGGUUCAGUGUGUACCCACACGCCGUACACGGCUACAUUAGACCUCUCGCGCCGAGUGAUGGUCCCUCCCUCAUGUUACUUCAUGUCUCUUUUACGUAGAAAUGUUUUUACCGUUUUCUUUUUCAAAUCAUUUUUAAAUCGAUGUGCUAAACUUCUAAAAAUGUCUACAAACAUUUUAUGUGACAGCUACUCCAUUUAAAAAUGAACUGUCAUAUCAGAGGGUCCAUCUUUCGACGCAGGUAUAAAAUAUGAGAACUAUAGGAUUGUUCUCGUUUUAGCACGCCAUUAGUCUAUUUUUAGCACAAGUUUCUAAUCCAUCAAACUGCGCAAAAGGAUCUGCACACUUGUUUAGAUUGUUUAAGUUAAAUGAUUUUGUUAAUCCCUUUGAAAACCACAGGGCUACUUAGGCGGUCGGUAAAGUCGCAUGGUGAUUUCUAGUAGAAGGUAGCUCAGUGGGAUUAAAUCACAUCACAAAGCCAAGCCUCCUGUCCGUAGCUUACCAUAAUAACUUACCAACCGCCUCAGUUAUACGAUAGAGCUACAGUAACAACGGUUAUUGUGGUUGGAAGGGUUCGCGUUCCUUCGCCGCGGCGCGCGCGGGCGCAGAGGGGCUACUGCGAAUACCCAAGUUUGCAAAUAGCGGGCAUCUUUCUCUGUCACUCUAAUUACGCCUUAAUUGAAGUAAAGGAGAAAGAUGCCCGCAAUUUGUUAACUUGGAUGUUCGCAGUAGGCCCUCAGUUACGACAUAAUAUACAAGUCCGAGCUUCGACGUGUGGAGUCUGUUUAGUGGUCGUCGGGUAGCCGUAAGUCUGUCAACGAGUUAGCGUUAGGGCGCUUCACUAUUUGUACAGUGUGUAUAUUUUUGUAAAAUUCAAUCUUAAACUUGUGGCAAUAUAUUAAAACUUAAUCUUUAAUAUUAAAAGUUAGUACAAUUGUUAUCCGGAGGGGAGGGGGCGCGGGCGGUUGUGAGUAGUGCUCCCGCGCCGUGCCAAACGACGAGCAAUAUGCGACGCUGAAGCAAUACGACUGCGACUGAUUGCGUUGCGUUUCAAAAUUACCUUCAUAAUCUCUUUGGUACUAGUCGAAUUUCAGUGAUCACACGUAGCCAUAACGCAUUUCGCUUCGCUGUAACACGGGCGGACGCCGCGGCGGCCUAUCGACGGUACUUUUAUCGCCGUAGAUAACGAUCAAAAUAACGACAUGAGUCCUAUUUUCAAGUUAAACACUAACUUUAAUCUAAUCCGACAUCGGGCACAUCUCAAUAUUAGUGUUGCUGGCUAUAAAAAUAGUCUUGGCAGUGAAGGACAAUAUUUUUAAUUUUAACGCUGCCCAUACUUUUACAGAUUUGACUAAGUUACAUGUAUGUAAAGUGUGUCGAUCGCUUACAGACUACACACAAUUGUCGUAAGAAAUGCCUUUUAGAGCAAGUUAAAUCACGCACAGUCAACAAACUGGCAGCAAUUGUGGUAUUGAUAUUCUAUUAUACCUACGAUAAACGAUAAAUUAAAAACUAUAAUGAAAAUAUCAUUGCGUUGACGAAGGUUUUGAUACAGACCUUUUAUGUACGUGAUAUACUAACAACUUAACAGUGUGGGUGAUAAUAUAUUUAGGGCGAUAAAAGUAAACAUGCCGCCGCGGCGCCCGCAGCUUGUAGGUAUAAGUUACCGACACCGGCCAGACCGGUGCGGCGUUCGAUUCUAGCUCAAUUUUAUUGAUACUUAAUUAUUGUAACGUUUAUUGUAUUUGCUUGUUAUACACCGUUAAUUAUUACCUGUAAGGGGCCGCCUGAGCGUUUCAUGAAGUGGUUAUACGCCAUUAUGAGAGUAGUUUUUAUCAGCGAUUCUUCUUAUGAUCGCUGGUCAGUGUCAGAGUGACAAUAUAUUAACGCCGGGAGCGUUAGGAAAUAAUCAUGAAAUGCUGAGAGGGUCCCAUAGUUAGCAACGCAAGCUAACCUACUGUUUUAUAAUUUACUCUCCCUUUGAACACAGACUGCCGUGUUGUGUAUGUUUAGUAGUUCUGUUGUGUCGGCGACGACUCUUUACUCGUUUACUCGCAUUUCUGACGGUGCUUGUGUUUACGCGGAGGGUCCUGAAGCCUUACUGCGAACAUCGAAAUUUGUUUAUCUGCUUCUCUCUCGCUCGAAUACGCAAGAGCGAUAAAGAGGUAGAUAUCAACAUUUCGUUUUUCGCGGUAGGCGGUGGUUGGACCCCGCCGCAUGGACCGCGCGGCGCGACUAUAAAAGGCGCCAUUUGUCUCUUUUUGUAAGGAUUACUCUGAAAAUUAGUCUAAGCAGGUCAACUAAAAUGCUGCUUAUCUUGUGAACGCAAUAGGUUGAUUUAAUUAUAAGAUUCCUGUCUACUAAUUUAGUACUUAAUUUAUACAUUUUUAUUUGUAAUGAACUUACACUAAAGAUUGAAAACGGGUCUUUUUUAUAGAAAUCCCUGUACAAAGAGACCAGCUUUGAUUCUUUUGAGUGUAUGAUAAGAUGGUGCUACACCCUCCAAGCGAGCUAGACGGUCGACUAAAGCCUUUUUACACUCAAGUUUUUAACCACCGAUACUUCUGAAUUUUCUAGAAGAAUCGCUGAUAACUAAAGUGUAAAGGUGCCUUUAGCCGGCGCUUCGUGUCCGCAUUUUCCUAAGUUGCGAUACUUUGUCAAUUAUCAGGACAAUCUCGGUGUCGUAGGCGCAGUAUGUAAUAUGUAGUAGAUACGAGUAUAAUAUGUCGCGGCGCGCGGUCCCGUCCGUCGCAACGUUUCGCUAGGUAACAUAAAAUACGUUUGUACAGUUUUAACUAUACUUCUCGUAGUGAACUAAGCAAGAAAUAUUUUUAGUAUAAUAAGAUCUAAUCGAAUUACAUUUUAGUGUAUCAUAUGAAGUACUCGAGGUUUUUCAAAAUUACUUUUAACUUUGUAUGGUCCCUCGUGAGUUUACUUUAAAUAAAUAUUAAUGUCUCAUCUGAAACUGACUCCGUGGAAUUUAAAAUUAGAAAUUAAACUGAAAGAAUUUUAAAUAAUGUAAUACAAUAUUAAUAAUGGUUAAGUAAUGUAUUAUAAAUAGUGAUAAGGUAAAAAGUUAUUAACAUUGUAUGGAAAAAUUGUGACAAAAUUAUAGUCAUUUGUAAUAUU